GCCACUACGACUACAACCCGGAAGUGCGCCACGUCACAUAUCUGACCCAACACCCAGGGUGGUGUGGCUCAGGCCAUUUAAAACUAUGCUUAGUUCUGAAAGUGAAAUAUGUCUCUCCGUCGACUGGAACACGUUUAAAAGACUUUGACCUGCACAUGUUGUAUUUAAGCCCGAGAUUUCAACCUUGAGGUCCGAUCUUCUGUGCUGUUUUACCGGACCAGGUUGUGCAAUGCUGCUGGACGACAUUCCGCUGUUUGAGCCGACCCUGCUUCAGGAGUUGGACUGGAGUGACAGCAUCGUCUCUUUCUCUCCUCCCAUCUCCCCCUCCAGCCCGGGAGAGGGCCUCGUGCUGAGGCCCCUCUGCACCGCCGACUUCAACAGGGGAUUCUUUGAGGUUUUGUCUCAGCUAUCCGAGACAGGCGAUGUCUGCGCAGAGGAGUUUAAAAGAAAGUUUGAGCACAUGAAGAAAACGGGCGACUACUACGUGUUGGUGGUGGAGGACACAAAUCUGGGGCAGAUCAUAGCCACGGCCACUCUGAUCACCGAGCACAAAUUCAUUCAUUCGUGUGCGAAGAGAGGCCGAGUGGAGGAGGUGGUGGUCAGUGACGUUUGCAGAGGAAAACAGAUUGGAAAACUGUUAGUCACCACACUUACCCUACUCAGCAAAAAACUGCACUGCUAUAAAAUCACACUGGAAUGUGCACCCAACAUUGAGGGCUUCUACCAAAAAUUUGGCUAUACGGCUUCAAAGGAGACUUACAUGCAGUGUCGCUUCUCCAGCGGAGGACCUCAGCCAGUUUGAAUCUUUUUUGGGGAACCGCGUUGACGUCAUCUAAGCGCUCUGUGGUUUGGACUGU